AUGAUUAAUAAUUUAUAUUCGGAAUUUAACAUUAAACAAAAUGAUAAAGAUAUUCAAGAUGAUAAAAUAUUUCAAAAAUCUUUAUCAAUCGAAUUUAAUAAUUCAUUUAAUGAUAAAUUUAUAUUAGAUUUAUUUUAUUAUUUUUAUGAUUUAUAUAAUUCUCAUUUUAUGACAGGAUAUGUUGCCAAUAUGUUAAAACAAUAUUUUAAAGAUAAUAAGGUAGACCCUAUAGAAGUUUUCAAUCAUUUAAUUCAUUAUAAGAAUCAAUCUUAUUUUACUAGUAUGAUUGGUUACCUUUAUCAAUUUGGUAUUG